CAUCAGAAGCGACGAGCCAGCCUGCAGAGCCAAGCCUGAUGCCAGCAUGAGCCAUGGAGAGAGCCAGCCUGAUCCAGAAGUCCAAGUUGGCCGAGCAGGCUGAACGCUACGAGGACAUGGCAGCCUUCAUGAAGAGCGCCGUGGAAAAGGGUGAGGAGCUAUCCUGCGAAGAGCGCAACCUGCUCUCAGUGGCCUACAAGAAUGUGGUGGGUGGCCAGCGGGCCGCGUGGAGAGUCCUGUCCAGCAUCGAGCAGAAGAGCAACGAGGAGGGCUCAGAAGAGAAGGGCCCGGAGGUGCGAGAGUACCGGGAGAAGGUGGAGACGGAGCUCCAGGGCGUAUGCAACACGGUGUUGGGCUUGCUGAACACCCAUCUCAUCAAGGAGGCCGGUGACGCCGAAAGUCGGGUCUUCUACCUGAAAAUGAAGGGCGACUACUACCGGUACCUGGCUGAGGUGGCCACCGGUGAUGACAAGAAGCGCAUCAUUGACUCAGCCCGGUCGGCCUACCAGGAGGCCAUGGACAUCAGCAAGAAGGAGAUGCCGCCCACCAACCCCAUCCGCUUGGGCCUGGCCCUGAACUUUUCUGUCUUCCACUAUGAGAUCGCCAACAGCCCCGAGGAGGCCAUCUCGCUGGCCAAGACCACCUUCGACGAGGCCAUGGCUGACCUGCACACCCUCAGCGAGGACUCCUACAAAGACAGCACCCUCAUCAUGCAGCUGCUGCGGGACAACCUGACGCUGUGGACGGCCGACAACGCCGGGGAAGAGGGGUGCGAGGCUCCCGAGGAGCCCCAGAGCUGAGCCGUGCCUGCUGCCCUCCCUGCCCUGCCUGCUUGUCCCCCACUCCUGGCAGAGAGGACUUGUACGGGGUGGGAGGCCCAACCCUUCUCCCCAGAUGCUCUGCCCCAGCUCAGAAAGGCUCCACAGAGAGGAACCAGCAGAGCUGAGGCCACCUGGAGCCAGAGGAUUCCAUGCUUCCUGCAGCUGUCAGGUGCUCCUGGCCACUGGUCAUCCCACCCAGCCCUGCUCUCUGCACCUCCGCCCCCCGACCCCACCCCUGAACCUGGCCACUUCCUCCCCACCCCGCCCCCCUCCUGCCCCUGCUGCCUCUGGAUCUUAGGAAUUGAGGAGUGUCCCACCCUUGUGGCUGAGAACUCAACUGUGUGGCAGAGGCUGGAGAUGAGAGAGAGAGAGAGAGAGAGAGAGAGAGUGUGCGCGUGUGUGCGUGCAGCGAGCAAGACCAAGGAAGAGAGGGAAAGCAUGUCUGCUGGGUGUGACCAUGUUUCCUCUCAAUAAAG